GUAGAUGGUGAUCCAUUGUUUAUGUGAAAGACACAUUGUCAAUUUUUCAUAUACUGCGCUGCACACUGCUAUAGGCAUUGAAAUCUGGAAUUUAUUUUGGAUCAUAAUGCUGGAGAAACGAUCAGAAAGUCAAAGCAUGGCAGCACAAAAUAUUUUAGAUACAGAGGAGUAGGUGUUGAUAUCUGCAACAGUGUUGACACAGGUCUCAACAAUGACCGACUUGUCUUUGUGAAUGUUUCAACACAAAGAAAACAAUAUCACCCUGCCUCCAUGCAUAUGCAUGCGAGGAGCUGGUGGGUGACCGUAAUGUGUUAACCAGAGGCGCUGAAGAUUUUUCUAAGCCGUGCUUUUUGUAGUAGGAGUUUUUGGGAGUAUAAAGCUCAGAUUAUUUGUCUGGUUCUGAGUGAGUGGAUCAGCCCAAUCCUUUGGCCCAUUUCAAUAGUUUCCUUGGACACAAUUUACUGGAUCAUUUGAUAUAAUCUAGCACUUGAUUUCCUGAAUCCUAUCCAAUGGAUGCCUGUGUGAUCCAGACUUACAGAUUCUGGACAAGUUCUGCAAAAUGACCACAGACAUCAGCGGUCGUCUUCCACUCAAUGUCUAUGUCAUCAUCCUUGGGAUAGGCCUCUUCAUCUUCAUGUUGAGCAUGAUCUUCUGUUGCUAUCUGUUCAGAUUGAGGCGACAGGGCACACAGGAACAAUAUGGAUAUAAUGAGGUUGUUUUAAAAGGUCCAGGGAAAAAGCUGAGUCUUCUUGGACAAACCUGUGCCGUUUGCCUGGAUGAGUUUCAGAGCAGAGAUGAACUCGGGGUUUGCCCCUGUUCACAUGCUUUUCAUAAGAAGUGUUUGGUGAAGUGGCUGGAAAUUCGCAGUGUCUGCCCCAUGUGCAACAAGUCCAUCUGCAGGCUCCAGCCAGACCCUCCACAGGGGGCCGAGGGGCCCCAGGACCCCCUGGAAGUGUGACAGAAAAGGCGACAUUGAUGGUCAGAGAUAAGCAGGCUCUCUCCGUGUGUAUCUCACACACCUAAGAACAGAGUUAAAAACAACCACACUACUGGAGAGGGUGGAGUAUUUCCAAAAAACAACUUCCCCUCUUUACCAAUCAACAGAUUUCUCCUGGAUAGAUGGAGGGAGGGAGGGGGUGGUGGUUACCCAGUGGAGCUGGAUUGAUGUGCCGUGUUCUUGGUCAUAAUGUAGUGUGUAGCAAGAUAAAUUGUUGCUUAGGGCUCAACAAACAGAAGAAGAGAUUUUGACAUUGAAAAAUAUUAAGAAUAUUCAGAUUCAGUUGAGGCCUUGAGAGUUGCACAGGACGAAUGGCCUGAGUAGACACUGCUCAAUAUAUACGCAUAUAGCUUCCAUCUAAGAGUGACAGAGGUGACUAUUACAAAAGAGUUGUCAUUUGUAAAGUUUAGGAAUCCCCAGUUACAGAAUCCAAAGCACUGGCUCAAGCCCUGAACUGAAGGAUCUGUGAUGUCAUACAUUUUUACUCUUGCCAACAUUUUGACAUGUGAUCUUAUAAAUCCAUUUGUUAAGAGUUACCAAGGGCGUUCAGAAUGCUAAAGGCCGCCUUAAGAACCCACGCUGCCAUCCAGAACCAUAGGAAUCAGAUUCGGAUGAAAUUAAAAUUGGGUCAUUUAGUAAGUUAUUUAAGGUUGGCUAGUUGUUUUGUACUAUUUAUGGCUCUCAAUAAAAUGUUGUGUUUCAGAAUCAGAUUGAGCUUUAUUGCCAAGUGUUCACACGUAAACAAGGACAUUUUUUGGUAAUAGGAGAAACAAGUGCACACAGAACAUUACAGUGAGACACAGAAUAUAAAACAAGGUAAGAGUAUAAAUAGCCAUACAAAUAAUAGGACAUAUAACAGAAUGGCAUAUGUACAUGUGCAAGUGGUAAUAUAUGUGCAAGGUAGGGGUAUGCACAGAGUUAAAUAUGUGAAUUUACAUAUGUAAAUGAGAUAUGUAUUUACAUUAUUGCACUAUGGGGGAGUCCUGAGGCAGUUUAACUGUUCAUGUGGGAAAUGGCCUGAGGGUAAAAACCAUUCUUGUGCCUGGAUGUCCUGGCGCUCAGUGCUCUGUAGCGCCAGCCAGAGGGCAACAGUUCAAAGAGGGAGUGAGCAGGGUGUGUGGGGUCCAGAGUGAUUCUACCCGCACACUUCCUCACUCUGGAGAUGUACAGGUCUUGGAGGGUGGGCAGUGGGGCACCAAUAAUCCUUUCAGCAAUCCUGACUGUCCGUUGUAGUUUCCUUCAGUCUGAUUUGGUGGCUGAACCAAACCAGACAGUUAUAGUUGUACACAGGACAGACUCAAUGAUGGCCGAGUAGAACUGUGUCAGCAGCUCCUGUGGCAAGUUGAACUUCCUCAGCUGGCGAAGGAAGUACAACCUCUGCUGAGCCUUCUGCACAAUGGAGUCUAUGUGGGUGUCCCACUUCAGGUCCUGAGAAAUGGUAGAGCCCAGGAACCUGAAUGACUCCACUGCUGCCACAGAGCUGUUCAGGAUGGUGAGGGGGGAGUGCGGAGGGAGUUCUCUUUAAGUCCACUAUCAUCUCCACUGUUUUGAGCGUGUUCAGCUCAAGGUAGUUGUGACUGCACCGGACAGCCAGCUGUUCAACCUCCCAUCUGUAUGCGGACUCGUCACCAUCGCGGAUGAGGCAGAUGACCAUGGUGUCGUCUGCAAACUUCAGGAGCUUGACAGUGGGGUCCUUUGCAGUGCAGACAUUUGUGUACAGGGAGAAGAGCAGUGAAGAGAGAGCACAUCCCUGAGGAGCACCAGUGCUAACAGUGAGGGUCCCGGAUGUGAGUUUACCCAGUCUCACUAGCUGCUGCCUAUCUGUCAGAAAGCUGGUGAUCCAUCAACAGAUUGGGGUGGGCACGGAGAGCUGGGUCAGUUUGGUUGAGAGAAUAUCAGGCAUGAUGGUAUUGAAGGUUGAAAUGAAGUCCACAAAUAGGAUCCUUGCAUAAGUCCCAGGUCUGUCGAGGUGUUGCAGGAUAUAAUGCAGUCCCUUAUUGACAGCAUCAACCACAGACCUGUUUGCUACGCAAACUGAAGGGGGUCCAGCAGGGGUUCAGUGAUGUCCUUCAGGUAGGCCAAAACCAGUCUCUCAAAUGACUUCAUGACCACAGACGUGAAAGCGACAGGUCUGUAGUUAUUAAGUCCUGUGAUUUUGGGUUUUUUGGGGACUGGAAUGAUGGUGGAGUGUUUGAAACAGCAGGGAACUUCACACUGCUCCAGUGAUCUAUUGAAGAUCUGUGUGAAGAUAGGGGCCAGUUGGUCAGCGCAGACUUCCAGACAGGCAGGUGAAAACCCGUCUGGGCCUGAAGCUUUCCUAGACAUUUGUUUCCAAAAGACCAGGCACACAUCCUCCUCACAGAUCAUAAGUGCAAACUGAGUAGCAGGAGGGGGGAGGAGGGGGUUCCAGGAGGUGUUGUUGUGUGUGUGAAGUGAAGAUCAGAGAUGGGUGUGAGACUGGGCUUUUCAAACCUGCAGUAAAACACAUUCAGUUCAUCAGCCAUUAGUUGACUCUCUACAGAGUGAGGGGGAAGUGUCUUGUACUUGGUGAUGCUUUUCAGGCCUUUCCACACAGAUGCAGGUUCAUUGGCAGAAAGCUGGUUUUUCAGCUUUUCAGAGUAGCUUCUUUUAGCCACUCUGAUUUACUUAGUCAGUGUGUUUCUGGCCUGGUUGUACAAUAUUUUAUCCCCUCUUCUGUAAGCAUCCUCUUUGGCAUGACGAAGCUGUCUGAGUUUUCCUGUAAAUCAUGGUUUAUCAUUAUUGAAUGAUAAAAAUGUCCUAGUAGGGAUGCACAUAUCCUCACAGAAACUGAUAUAUGAUGUCACAGUAUCUAUGAGCUCGUCCAGGUCUGUGGCUGCAGCUUCAAAAACACUCCAAUCAGUGCAGUCAAAGCAGGCUUGUAGUUCCAGCUUUGCUUCAUUAGUCCAUUCUUUACAGUCCUUACUACAGGCUUAGCUGAUUUUAGUUUCUGCUUGUAGGUCAGGAGAAGAUGAACCAGACAGUGAUCAGAGAGUCCUAAAGCUGCACGUGGGACAGAGCGAUAUGCAUCCUUUACAGUGGUGUAGCAGUGGUCCAGUAUAUUUCUGUCUCUGGUGGGGCAUGUGAUGUGUUGUUUGUAUUUUGGCAGUUCACGGGUGAGGUUAGCUUUAUUCAAAUCUCCCAGAAUAAUAAUAAGUGAGUCCAGAUGUUGUUGCUCCACAUCUGUGAUGUGAUCAGCCAGCUUUUGCAAUGCUGCAUUCACUCAUGCUUGUGGCAGGAUAUAAACACUCACCAACUCACCAGAAUGAAUGAGGAAAACUCCCGCGGUGAGUACAAAGGCUUACAGUUGAUGAAGAGCACUUCUAAAUUAGGAGAAUCUUCUUCAAUGCUGUUAUUUCUGUACACCAACUUUCGCUGAUGUAAAAGCAUGUUCCACCACCUCGUUUUCCAAGAUGAUUCCGCAACGCGAUCCGCUCUGAACAGUUGGAAGCCCGGCAGAUGAAACGCGCUGUCCGGGAUGGCCUCAUUUAGCCAGGUUUCCGUGAAACACAGAGCAGCGAAGUUAGAAAAGUCCUCAUUUGUUUGAGUGAGCAGAAGCAGUUCGUCCAUUUGUUGACAAGGGAGUGGACAUUCGCCAGAUGAAUACAAGGCAGCGGAGCCCUAAAGCCACGUUGAUGAAGCUUCACAAGCUUGCUAGCUCGCUUCCCUCACGUGCGUCUUUUGGAUCGCUUGUAGAGCACCGCUGUGCCUCCAACUAAGAUGUCUAAUAUGUCCGAAUAAUCAGACACCGGCAAAAACUUAUCAGGUAUGCUCUGCCAAAUAUUCUGCAGUUCAUCCCUGGUGAAACUGAUCGGGAAAGAGUGACAAAAAACAUGACAAACAAACAAAAGUAACAAAAAUGCUAGAGAGCUCCACACCGAAGCAGCCAUCUGCGGCGCCAUCUUGAAAUCAUGUCAUCGAUUCAUGAGAUGGAACAAAUAUUUGUGUUUUUUGUUCAUUUUGAAUUUAAAUAAUAUCAAUUUUCUUUUUUUUUCUUUUUUAACAAAGAAAAUUGCAUUAUUUCUAAAUAAAGAUGGACUUCCUGGAGAUUGUUCUGUCCAGAACAAUUUUUUAAUCAGUGUUUAUAAGACUGUGCUAUAGAAAUCUUCCUUCCAAAAGAGUGUUGCAGCUGGCUGAACCUAUUGUCUACGAGAAGGAUGCAGACAAUCAAGAGAUAAAGUUUGUAACAUUUAAUUCUGCCUCCAAUGGCAGGAUAUAAAGCAUAUUUGGGUGGAGUUUACAUGUUGCUUCAUGGUUCGUAGAUUUUAUGUGUGCAUAUAUCUGUACACUCACUGAGCACUUUAUUAGGAUACACCUGUACACCUAUUUAUUCUUGCAAUUAUCUUAUCAACCAAUCGUGUGGCAGUAGUGCAAUGCAUAAAAUCACGCAGAUACAGGUCAGGAGCUUCAGUUAAUUUUCACCUCAACCAUCAGAAUGGGGAAAAAAUUUGAUCUCAGUGAUUUUGACUGUGGCAUGAUUGUUGGUGCCAGACAGGCUGGUUUGAGUAUUUCUGUAACUGCUGAUCUCCUGGGAUUUCAUGCACAAUAGUCUCUAGAGUUUACUCAGAAUGGUGCCAAAAACCAAAAAAAAAAAAAAACAUCCAGUGAGUGGCAGUUAUGCAGACAGAAACGGCUUGUUGAUGAGGUCAACGGAGAAUGGCCAGACUGGUUCGAGCAGACAGAAAGGCUAUGGUAUCUCAGAUAACCACUCUGUACAAUUGUAGUGAGCAGACUAACAUUUCAGAAUGCAUAACAUGUCGAACCUUGAGGCGGAUGGGCUACAACAUCGGGCACUUUAUUAGGACCAUAGUUGUCCUAAUAAAGUGCUCAGUGAGUGUAAAUAAAACUUCUUAUAAGCUAAUCCUAUCCAGAGAGCAGCUGCAAACCAGAGAACUGGAAGAAGUUAAAAUGUCGGUAUAGAGAAACUGGCAACUUGAAAAUAGCACUAUUAAAAACAAAAUGUAUAUAAUACAUAUAAUAUAUAUGUAUAUAUAUUUUUAAAAUGUGUCUCUGGUGCUGCUGUCUCAGCACAAUCUCUAUUUCCCCUUAAAUCAUAUGCUUCCCUAGAAUAAGCCUAUUCCAUGGCUCAACACAAAGUAGCUCAUUGUGUGUUAACUUAGUCAUCAUCUCAGCUGAAGAACAGAGAAGACUUAUUUUUCUCUGUGUAUUGGGUAAGUACUCCAUUGUGGAUAGAGGAAGGUGUGAGCAAUGCUCUUAUUAAAAGAAAAGAAUAGCAUUCCUUUGCUUAACAAAAUUAAUGCAGUCAAAAAAUUAUGACACACAACAAUACUGCUCUACAAAGAUGAAAAGCUGUAACUAUGGCAACAAUGAAACGGCUUUAAAAAACGGCUUCAAAGUUUCUAUUGAUUGUUAUAACUCAAUUUUGAAAAAAUAAGUAGUUAUUGCAUUCUGUAGGGCAGGGCAGAAUAUGACAUAUACGGAUGUAUGGCAUUGUAGUGUGUACUUCCUUACUGACAACCUAGAAAGGUAAACUGAGAGCCAUCUGGAGGUCAAAAUUAUGUCUAACAAUAUUCAGCCCAUAAACCUUUUUGAACUGUAAAGCAUUAUCUGCUGAUCAGACACCUGAAGGCAUGCAUGAAAAGAGAGAGAUGAGCAGACUGGAAAAAUUCAGUAAAGAGCUUUUUUCUAGAAGAAACCCAUCUUUCACUGAAAGAUAACUUAAGACACAAAACAAUUAUCUACUUGUCACUCAGCAUGGGAGAGAACAUGUUAAAAAUGUCUUUUGUGACAAUGGCACUGUGAUCGUGUGGCUGAACCUUUUGAGAAAACUGACACACACAGGUAGAAAUUAAGAUGACCUAUUACACUUUUUUAAGGGGCCUUUUUUCAUGCUCUUUCAAAACUUUACCAUGGAAACCACGGUAGGCAACAUACCUAUAGGUUUUAGCCACAACUGUCAGCAAAAUAUAAAUUAAACAAAACAGCAAGAAGAUUUGUGAAAGCCACUCACACCUGUUUGAAGGUCAGCCCAUAAAGUGAACUACAGUAUGCAUAAUUGGGACAGUUUCUGGUAGAUUUGCUGAAAGCAAGACAGAUAAAAGAAAAUAAAAAAAACUUUACACUCAGCAUUUUUUUUCUUUUGGAAUUCUACAACCCCUCUAAAUGUCAGUGUAUUGAAAUAAUAUUUAAUAUAACUUCAGAGUGAUAAUUAAUUACCUUUGAGCACAUUUAGGCACUUUUUACACUAACUGUUUUUCUUUUUUCAGAUAAACUGUGACAGAUCAUCAGCAAAAGUGGGACAGUUUUAAGUUUCUAACAAACACUCUAUUGAAAAAAAAGUACAACUUUGCCCACUAAGGGUAAAAGGCAAUUCUGAUUUUAUUUUCUCCCAAAACAUUGUUAUUCUUAUGUGGGACAAAUAGAUUUGUAAUGAAAAAUGUUCAAAGUGGGCAUACACUGAAUGAACCAGUCACAAUGGAGAUUACUUUGUUUAUAAAAUAGACUACUUGAGAUGUUAUGAAAUGUCAAAUGUGAUUGAAAUUAACAGAAAAUGUUUGAUCCUUUUCUGAAGUGGUUAUUUUAAAUAAGUAUUAAUUAAUUUGUUAAUCAAAAAAGCAUCUUGUUGUUUCAAAAGCAUUUACCUAAAUUGGCAAAUCACCUUAUUCAGCCCCACCCCUUUUCCGCGCUCUUCCGAAUUUUGUCAUCUAACUUCCUGUUUGUAUUAGAGUGUACUACGAAGAGUCAAUCAAAAUGGAGCACAGAAAGUAUUUUCAGCAAGAGCUGAUGGUGUGAGUCUGCAACCCCCUUUUACUACAUGAAAAUGCUCGUGAGGUGUUUUUUCUGUCACUCUAAAUGUUUGUUUUUUCCGACACCUGUGGAGGUAAAUUGGACCUGGCAGAUCACAUUCGGACAGCUAUGACACACUGCACUUUUUCAUGAUACAAGCGUUUAAUUGUUAUACGUGUAAUUCUGCUUAAUUUUUAGGUUUCAACUUGUUAAUAAUUUGAGUUGAAAUGUGAAUUGAUAUGAAAUUUCCAACAGUGACAGCUCAUAUUAUUACACAUUCAAGUUCAACAUUAAAGAAAAUUAUAUUUGUACUUUUUAAAAUUAAUUUGUCACCCUACAUGUUUUAGAGGCUUAAAUGUGAUUAAAAUUGUUGUAA